UGUUAGUCGAUGCUAUUUCGACGUGAAAAUAGUGGGGCGUCUCUCUAUUUCGGUCGAACGAGCCAGGGCCGUUCAGUCUACGGCCUGGCUUCCUCACCAGGAGGCCGCGGGUCCGAAUUUCCCAUUUCCAUCGUUGCGAGGCAAGGGAAAACCGCGCUCGAGACUAGCUGCAGCGAGAGAAACCCGCGUGGGUCAGGCUGCCCGCCGGUUCUCAGCGAUCCUUGGGCCCCGUUUCAGUGAGCCACGCGAUCCAAAUGCUCGGAUAGAAGGCAAGACAAAGCUAUCGACUCUGGAACCAGUUCGAGCUCUCGACCGUGAACUUGCGAGACUUUGGAAAGGAAGGAUUGCGAGCGAAGAUGUUGUGGUCGGAGCCUGACGAGGAGGAAGAGGCGCUACUAUGUAGCCCUGCUCUCAUGGCCAGGAGGGCCUCGGAGUCGUGGAUCGUCGCACCUCCCGUGGAGGCGAUGCCCGCGGCGGCAGUGUCCCUUCAACGAAAGAAAUCACUGCCGGAUGUGGCUCAACCUAUUCAGUUGACGGCAACGGCACCGCUAUCCAGGGAGGAAGUCAGUGUCCUGAGCAGCAUGAGGAGAGAGGAGAUCCGCAGGCAGAUCGACGAGAGCGAAAGACUCAGGGCCAAUCCUCUGCUGUACCUGGUCAGUCCACAGGUUAAAGACUGGUUCUCUCGGCAGCAGCUGGUGAUGCUGGUGGUGUUCAUCAACAUAUCCUUAGGCCUGAUGUUCUUCAAGCUGCUGACGUAGCAGCUAGCCGACGAUUGGGUUCACGGGCUCGUGGUGGACGUGACCUGAGACCCGGGCGCGCCGCGACGCCCCGUGUCGUCACCGAAUACCAGGAUUAAAACGAUAAACAGGGGGCCGCGAUCGCGUGUCCCCGUGACAAAAUCACGAAAAAUAAAACCGCUGAAAACGGCUUUCGAGCGAUCCAACUCGGUCCCACGGUGGUAAGGUUGGACAAAGGGAACGUUGGACCUCGAGGAUUCGCGUGGGACAGGAACGAGGCGAGGCGAAGAAGGCGACUUGGACGCAGAGAAGAAUUUUUGUUGUCGAAUAUCCGGGACCGACAGGAACGGACGAAUUCGUCGUCGAGGUCGUUUGGGAUCAUUCGAGGAUGAUUCGUCGACGCGAUUCGAUUUGGCAGGACCUCCUCUGGCGAGGGUGCAAGACACGUCCGGUUUGUCAGGAUGGGAGGGACGAUGGAAGAGAGAAGAAUAUGGCUGGUUUUUUCUCGGACAGGGUACCGGCGUGGUACCCUGGCGCAUGUAUCGUAUAUAUUUUUACACCGAAUAUUUUAAUAAUAAUAAUAUUAAUAUUUGUAAGGGCGCGAUCGCGUGCCGGGGAUGACGGGACCGAUCGCGCUCUAGAACACGGUGCGCACACACGAAUCUCUCUACACUUUUCCUGUUCUUUCUCGACGGUCGACUCGAGCGCGGACACCGGGAACGACUUUUAUACGCGAAGCUAUAGAGCAAGCUAGAUUUAGCGUGAAACAUUUUUGCACGUGGAAACUUGUCCGAGCGGGGAACGCGGGGACGAUCGAACAUAUUUUUCAAAACCCGUUUUAAACCCCCGAUCGAUCGCGGGGUGUGUCGUAUAUGACGUUUCAGACGUAGACUCGCCGUGGACAAGUCGGACCGAGGCACGUUUGACGAUGGGUUAGAAUUUCUACGCAAUUGUUACGAUUUCUACGAAUUUCAUAGACGAACCGGAGUCACGUCGUUGUACGGUUAACGUUACGACGUAUCCAUGUGUUAUCGACGUGUCCAUGUAAUCGUAUGGGUGUUAUGUGGAUUAUCGGUAUAAAUGUAAUUGUAAUCGUGCAGAAUCCUGUGGGAUGAUCGCUUCGUUCGCGAAGCCUUUGCGUGUAGCCUUUGCCUUCCACGUCGAACUGUACAUAAGACACUUCUCCCCCCACCCUCACCGAUUUUUAUACACGCGUUAGGAUCGAGGAUCGUGCGUUGUUGCGUCGAUCGUUGCGACGCGAUCGGAGUGUAUUUUUUUUUUUCUUAUUUUCCUUCUCCCGAUCCGAGAAUCGUGCGAGGAAAAGAAUGAAAACAUCGACUUCGGAUCGUGGCGGUGAAGGUCACGAUAAAGCGUUGCGCUUAUCUCUGUCGUUGCAGCGUAAUUGUAUCGUUUCGAAGGAAAAAUAGGGAAGAAUGGAAUCGGUGAUGAGAAAAGUCUCGAACGGCUAUAUGGAAAAACCUGUUUGACAUUUGCGAGAAAGGGAAAUUCUUGGAAAAAUCGAAUUUCCCUUGUUAGGGCGCGCACGAUUCGAAAGCCAGCCUAGAGAAGAGCCUUUGUAUUUGCACGGCGGAUAUUUCGUCGGUGUGGUCGUGCACAAUUUUUGCAAAUUAACGCAGUGUAGGUUUAAAUCCAUCGACGAGAAGGCGACGUCGUGUCGUUGUGACGUUCGCUGGAUUAACGAAGUUUUUACAAGGAAAAUUACUCGCAUCAAUUUUUCGGCCGUUUCCCUAUGGAAUCCUCUUCGAUAAGCGGAAGAGAAGGCGAAACCGUAGAAGAAAUUGUCUUUGCGCGACGUAGAUCGCGCGCACGUCGAUCAUUUUUUCACGCGGUGGUACGGAGGUAUACUUGGAUCAUCGCGAUCGAGGAUCGACCUCCCUGCGCUCGAGCGAUCGCAUUUUUCUAGCCUCAGGCAUAGCUUGUACACCUAGACGAAUUUGUAAAUAAAAGAGAAGAGCGUUAUAUAGAUCGCGACCGUCACGAUUGAUCGAAGGGCCGAAGAUAAUUGGCAGCCGCCAUGAUGACGCGUCGCGUUGCUACGAAGGUAGACGGCCGGCUAAUAAACCGUUUCGAAGCUAUUUUUCCAAAGAAGAAAAGACUCGCUAUUUUCAUCCUACGCUGAUUAAUAUACACAUAUAUAUUUUCCUCUUUGUACCUACACGCUAGCACUUUCACGUGCCAUCUCGAGUACUUACUUGGCAACUGUUAGGAUGAAAAUAGGCAAAACGCUCACGCGCGUGACGAAUUUCUUGCGAAUCGAAAUGCGUACGAUGCUCGAACCGCCUUGUCUUUGUCCCGGCGUCGUGCAUCGAGCCAUGAUUUCGAGGAUUAAUUUUCAUUUCUGCGCCCGAGUCGAGGUAAACGGGGGGUAAUCGGAUUGGCAACGGGGCCGGGGGGCGGAGAGGACGAAGACAAACGGUGACCGGGCAUCUUAGGAACGAAA